AUGGGUAACAUAACUGAAAACGACAUGGCACCACAAAAAGAUGCUUUUUUUCGAUCUAAAAAGAAAUAUAAUCCAAUAAAUAAAGAAGAUAAUUUUAAUGUAUUUAAUUGGAGCAAAUGGGAUUUAGAUAUACGAAUACCAUCAGAUACCCACGAUAAUGAUUUUGCAUCAUUUCAAAAUUUUCCACAAAAUAUAUAUAUAAGAGACGGUAUUCUAUUUAUUCUCCCAAAAUUAUUAACAGAAAUGCAAGGUUUUAAUGAAAAUCGAAUUCGAAGGGGUACAUUAGAUUUAGGAACUAAUUGUACUGGUAAACAUUUCGAUUGUAGAAGAGUAGCUCAUUCUUUUAACAUAUUACCUCCUAUAGUUUCGUCUCGUAUAACAACCAAAAAUCAUUUUUCUUUUAAAUAUGGAAAAAUUCAAAUAAAAGCAAAAUUACCUAAAGGUGAUUGGUUAUUUCCACAAUUAUUUUUAGAGCCUUUAAAUAAUUAUUAUGGAGAUUAUGAUUAUGAAUCUGGUCAAAUACGUUUAGCAUUUAUUAGAGGAAAUGAAAAAAGUGCAAAAUAUUGGAAUAAUAGUGAAAAUAACAUGGCACCAUUCGAUCAAAAAUUUUACUUAUCAUUUGGAGUUUCUGCUGGCGGAUUAUCAGAUUUUCCUGAUAGUUGUAUAGAUAAACCAUGGAAAAAUUAUGAUCCAAAAAAUGAACUCAAAUUUUGGCAAGCAAAAGAUGAUUGGUAUCCAACUUGGAGAGGUGAAGACACUGCACUUAAAAUAGAUUAUGUACGCGUAUGGUCACUUUAA